AUGUCAUCCUAUUCAUAUCCAUAUCCUUCUUCGUCACAAAAUCAACCAGCAAAUACUGCAAGCUACAACAACACUGCUUAUUAUUCUUCUCAACAGAAUUAUCACCAAUAUUCUCAGCAACUGCAAACACAGCCGCCAUCAACGACUUCAUACCAUUCAACAAAUCAACAAUAUCCGCAACACUCGCAAUAUUAUCAACCACAAAGCUAUCCACCACCUCAACAACCCUACAAUGCUGUGCCUACACACUCUUCCUCAAUACAGCAACAAUCAUCACUCUAUGGUCAUUCAUCUGUUGCUGCUUCACCUCCGACAGGUUCUCAGCAACCAUUUGUUUUGCCCAGUAUUUCAUCUCUCACGACUCAGCCACCACCUCACAUUUAA